CCUCCCAAGUCCCAACUCAAACAGAAUUAAGCACAGCCGAUCUAGCCUCUCCAAUGGCGUCAUCGUCCGUCGCCUCCCUCUUCUCUGCGGCCUCGGCUCUCCCCGCCGGCGUUGGCGGGCGCCAACAGCAGCGGCAGCCGAGGCGGCUGGUGGUGGCGGCGGCGGCGAAGCGCCGGUACAAGGGGACGGUGAGGAGGGAGGCGGCGCUGGCGGAGCUGGUGGAGCGGAAGGUGGCGGAAGCGAUGGAGGCGUGCGCGGGGCGCGAGGCGGAGGCCGGGUGCCGCGUGGCGUGGGACGAGGUGGAGGAGGUGAGCCGGGCCAGGGCCGACCUCCGCCGCCGCAUCGCCGAGGCCCCCGGCGACCCGCUCGAGCCCUUCUGCGCGCACAACCCCGACGCCGACGACUGCGCCGUCGUCUACGUCGACGACUGACUGCGCCAUGCGUCCGCCGCGGCUCGCUUCUUCAAUCUGGCUCUGAAUCACCAUGGGCGUGGUUCUUUGUUUACUGCGUGCAGAUCGAUCGAGGCUCCAGAAAGAGAACAUGUUUCAGCUUUCAGCUUUGCAUUGAAUUAUCACAGACACGUUAGUAGUAACAAUGGUAUGAUUAGGCACCAUUAGCUUUGCUUCAUCAAUCAGAGAGUGAACAAGAAUUUACUUCAGUUCUUGGCGGUUUCAUCUGCCCCCUGUAUGCUAAAUCUGAAUGCGACGAGCAUUUCUGAUCGUAGUCUACGACUGCCUGCGCCUGGUGAGGGCAACUCAAGAUCGAUCAAUAUCCACUCAUGUGUUUUAUAAGAUUGAUUGCAAUUCAAAACCA